AUAGAUGUACAACCAUUCAUAAUAAAAUUGUUUUCAUAUGGACCAAAGAUAGCUUCUAAUGGCGAUUAAGAAGUGUUCAGGAUCCCGGGUGUGGCGAGUCGCAGCCAUCGUUCUGCGUGUUGUCUGCUUCAUUCUCUUACUGGUGAUGUUCUCCUUCAAGCUGGCCGACUUCAUGCACCGUCCGGUGGUCUGGGAGACGAGGGUGGUGGACGCCGCCCCACCUUCCAUCACCAUCUGCCCAUCCAGGUUGAACGUCUCCAGCUUGGAGGACGCUCGGUCCGGCUGGGAGCGGGGCAGCUUCACCACGGAGGAGGUUCUCCAACGGGCUGCCACGCCAGUCGAGGCUAUCGUCAUCGCGUGCUCCACUGCUAACGGCGAGGUCUGCACACCUGGAGGAAAGCAGCAGAAUGUCCCAGCUAUUUGCAGUGCUGGGACUUUUCCAUGGGACUCGUCCACAGCGCAUUACUGCAACGCUUCUCGAGAAAAUAGUGACAGCGGCGGCAGCAGGAGUGGCUUCAAGGCCCGCUGGCUGACUCGACGCCUUCCUCCGGGGUUCACAUGUCACACUCUUCAUCUUCAGCAGGACGAUGAUGCUCCGGUGGUGGAGAUUCUUCUCACACUCGCCCUUCAUCCCGACUUAUUCCACACCGUGGAGGGCUUCUACCGUCUGUUCUUUCACCAUGGGCGCUCCCCGAAGGUCUGGAACGGCGGGGCGCAGAUCAGCCCCUACCAUCUGGUGCAGGGAGGCCUGUUCCAGGAGGUGCUUCUGACGCAGAUCGGGAUGACCAUGGUGGACCGACCUCGGCAGCACUGCCGCCCAGAGGAGGACUACGACGUCAACCAGUGCCUGCUGGACUGCCGGUCGCUGGCUGCCUUCACCGAGUCUAACUGCAGCGUCCAGUGGGGGGCGACCAGCGGCGGCGGUCUGCCGGCCUGCGUCUCCCGGGCCGAGUACGAGGCGGCUGUCCGAGCCUGGCAGCGGGCGCGGCCCGACUGUGAUCACUGCCUGCGGCCCUGCCAGACCCAGCUGAUUGAAGUGAAGUCGCCUCCCGCCAUUCAGGGAAAUGCUUCGUCAGCGAUCGACAUCAAGCUGCGCUUCAGCCCGGAGCGUCUGUCGGUGCGGCAGCGGCUGGCCUACGAGCUGGUGGACCUGCUGUCCGACCUGGGCGGCGCCUUCGGCCUCCUGCUCGGCUACUCGCUCAUGAGUCUGGUGGACCUGCUGGACGCGGCUGUCGGCUGGAACGAGCGGCGCAGGCGGCGGAGGGCGGCGCCAGAAGGGUGGCGCUGAGACUGUGCAGCUGUGGACCCCGAAGCGCUAGCCUUUCGGAUGAACCGGUCAGUGAUUAAAUCUCCUGCUUGCUUUGUUUGAAGCAAUCGCAGAGGUAUAUAACAUCUGUAUGUAAGGUUUUUUGAUGCAUUUAUAUGCAUUGCAUAUCAUUAUCAAUCCGCCAGUCGAUUACAAAGUUAAGACCUCGAGGCGCCUUCUCCCUGCCAACAAUUCAUCGUAUAUUUUUUCCGUUUUCUGUUCUUUAUCCUUUGUCUUAACUCUUAGCCAUGAGCAUGUAAAUUUACCAUCACUUGUUUCAGGAAGACAUUAUUAUCAAUGAUAUCUUUCUAUGGGUGUUGCAGUCUCGUAUUCUGACAUUAAUAAACGAUUGUU